GCAGGGGGGUGGGGCCGCGGUGACGCGAUUCUGUCCGCGUUGGAGCGGGCGGGCCGCCGCCAGAGCCUCCGCGGCCGCCGUGUGACGUGGCACAGCCGAACACUUAACGCCGCGCCGGAGCCACCGCACCAGUCGCCGAGCAGCUCCCGGUCCCGCUACGUCGUGUCCCGCGGCUUCGCCGACACGCCAGCCAGCGAGACCGUCUUCAGCCUUUUCUCUUCCGCCCCGUUGGUCGUGAGCCGGAACCGAGGAGGCCCGAGGACGCAGCAGACCCCCUCUUUGGACCGUCGCAAGUGCCACGACCGCAAUGGGCCUCACCAUCUCCUCUCUCUUCUCUCGCCUCUUCGGCAAGAAGCAGAUGCGCAUUUUGAUGGUUGGAUUGGAUGCUGCUGGCAAGACGACAAUUCUGUAUAAACUGAAAUUAGGGGAGAUAGUCACCACCAUUCCCACCAUUGGUUUUAAUGUGGAAACAGUGGAGUAUAAGAACAUUUGUUUCACGGUAUGGGAUGUCGGUGGUCAAGAUAAAAUUAGGCCUCUCUGGAGGCAUUACUUCCAGAAUACCCAGGGUCUUAUUUUUGUGGUAGAUAGCAAUGAUCGAGAAAGAAUUCAGGAGGGAGCAGCUGUGCUGCAGAAAAUGCUUCUGGAAGAUGAGCUGCAGGAUGCAGUGCUGUUGCUGUUCGCAAACAAACAGGAUUUGCCAAAUGCUAUGGCCAUCAGUGAGAUGACAGAUAAGUUAGGUCUUCAGUCUCUCCGUAACAGAACAUGGUAUGUUCAAGCCACUUGUGCUACACAAGGAACUGGUCUGUAUGAGGGACUCGAUUGGCUGUCAAAUGAACUUUCAAAACGUUAAAUGAACCUGGAUAUCUAACCAAGGACAUGUUUGAUAGAAUUGGUCUAGACUUGUUACAACAAAAUUAGUUUGCAUCUUGGUUAUUAAAGGAUAUCUGAGACAGGUUUGGGCAGAAUAUUACAGCAUUUAAAACUUAUUUUGUUGCCAAUUAUUGUUUACCAAGCACAAUGUUGCUAUUUAGCAAUAUGCUUGCGUGUAAGAGAAAUUUUCCUUGGGAAAAAAAAAAAGUAUCCACUAUUAUACUUUCCUUAAGCCUAAAUGCCUGGACAUAUUUGUGACACCUUUAAACAAAUCUGUUUUGAGUGUUUUUUGAGCCCACACCAAUAAUGUUAUAAAGUUAUUCCCCUGAUACUUUACUGACACCUUUAUCAUUCCUAGGACAGUCUGCUGAUUUAAAAAUGUAGCAUUCCAUUUGUAUUUAUUUCUACCCCUUGCCAAAAAAGAUUUUUCUAAUACUGCUUGUACCAGCCAAGGAUGUGCUCCAAAACACUAUUCAGUUUUCUUACUGAGGAUUCCCCACCAGCCACCACCCUCACAUUAUUGACUCCUGGCUUCCAUCAGCCAAACUUACCUCGUCAAUCUGGUUUGGAUUUGAUAGCUAAUUCUGUGCUGGUUGCAAAGAGUUCAUAUUGAGAUAACUUUUAAUACUCAGCAGAUUGUUUUCCUUUAUAUUGUUACCUUUUUUAUGUUGCAUGUUGCUUUUGGAAUCAGCCUGACUCUUUGCCCAGUAUAUGAUAGUUCUGCUGAUACUUUACUGUUUAUUGAUGAACAUAUCUUAAGAAUUUUUUGAAAACUCAUCAAAUUCAGUGAAUACGUUUUCUUCAUAACCCAUUUGAAAUUAUUCCUAAUAAAAUGAUAAAAAAAUA